UCAAUAAAACACAGUAAACAAUAAAGUGGGUAAAACCAGAUGACUGGUAAGAAGCCAUUCAGGAAAAAUUGUGUCCAGAAAAUAUAGAUUGAUGUUGGCAACCAAUAUCGGGCGUAGUUAGUAUCGAGAAAGGCACGGCGAGUGGACAACGUGUCUGCACGAUGCGUUCACACCCCACUGUAUUGUGUUGUGUACUCUUCGCGGCCCUCACCGCUGCCCUCAAACAAUGCGACGAUUGUGUUAAGAUAACAGAUUGUGCGCCGGCAAUACAGCUGAUCCGCACAGACAAAAGUGCGGCGGCAAUUCAAAAACUGAAAAAUGCACUCUGUGGUUAUGAAGGUGUUCAAAAGGUGUGCUGUUCUGAUUUCUUUACAAGUCGAUCUUUGAAUGAUGAAAAUGAAAGCAAAAUCAACACACAAACAUCUGGAGACGAAAUCGAAAAUCAUCGUAAUAUACGUCUUCUACCAACUGAGUGUGGCGAUGUAGACGGGAACAGAAUUGUUGGAGGAACCAGUGCGGGCCUGUAUGAGUUCCCCUGGCUGGCCCUCAUUUCAUACAUACUUGAAGAUGGAAGAACUUUGCAAUUUAAAUGUGGAGGCUCAGUUAUAACUGCGAGGUACGUGCUGACGGCCGCACACUGCAUCGAGAAAAAACAAAUAGUCGGAGUUAGAAUUGGAGACUACGACAUAAGCAAACCUGAAGAUUGCGUGGGAGAGGAUGAAAUACGCGAAUGUGAAUCAAAAUUUCAGGAUAUCGCCGUUACCCAUAAAAUAUCUCAUCCCAAUUACGUGAUAGUACCAAUAAGCCUGAACGACAUCGGUCUGCUACGUCUCGCUACUCCUGUGGACUUUUCUUACAGAAAUUCAGGAACAAUUUGUUUACCGAUAAUGAGGGAUCUACGGGAAAGGGACAUAGCACAAGAAUUCGCUACGGUAGCUGGUUGGGGAGCGACAGAGAAUCAACGGCAAUCGAAUAUUCUUCUUAAAGUUCAAGUGCCUAUAUAUCCAGAAACGACGUGCAAAUCGUUUUACAAACGAGCCAUGCAAUCACGUAUAUUUAAACCAAACAUGAUGAUGAAUACGAUAUGCGCCGGGGACGAAGGCCGUGAUUCUUGCAAAGGUGACUCCGGUGGACCUCUCAUGAUCGAAGCACCUUACAAUGGGACAUACAAAUUUGUCCAAUUCGGCAUCGUGUCUUACGGAUUUGAGCAAUGUGGUUUAAGCAAACCUGGAAUGUAUACCGAUGUUCGAAAAUAUAUGAAAUGGAUUUUGGAUACUAUUAAACCAUAGAAUUUUACCAAAGAAACAAAAAAUAUAUGUUUAUAUAUAACAUAAAGUUAAAACUCGAACGAUGUUAUAAU